CUGUAUAGGUAGCAAAUCGAGAUUCAUAUUGACUAAAUGUAUGUAAUUCGUCACAGGAAACAGGUGUGGCGGUGGCAUAAAAUGGAAUCGAAAAAGAAAUCAAUGAACCUUGAUGCCUCAGUCUUCGUUGUUCAUUAAUACGUGAACGCAGCAUAAAGAUAACCUUUUACACUGGAAUAUGCGUAUAUAAGCUUUCAGAACAGAUACCAUCUACUAAGUACAGCCCUGAUUUCAUUUAGUUUUAGCAAAAUGAGCAUCCUGAAUAAAAUGUUCGUGUUCUGCAAAGACAAAAAUCUCAACUUGCCUUCACACAAUGGAGAUAUGUAAUCCGAACAUGAUUGUAAAGGCUACAUACAGGCUAUAUACCGAGGACACCCGAACGACAUUUCUAAACACGACUCGAAGCAAUACACUCAAGAUCUUUGCAAAGAGGAUAAUAUUACCUUAACCAGGUUGAGAAUUUUAAAAUACCUUCGUCAGCCGACGAGUAUCGCCGUCCAUAGUUAUCCAUGGCGGAUUUUUAAAUGAACUUUUAUUAAACAGUUAACUGCACUUUUAUUAGUGGGUGUAAAAGCUUGAUAUAGUAGAAGGGGUGGUAGAAUAAUGAGCUACCCUUCAAACUACUCGGCAUGUGAGCACAGCGUCCGUUUUCUUGUUGGUAUCUUUUUAAUCCUGUUGUUUGGAUGUGGACAAUACAGUACUUCUGCUGCAAACAUUUCAAGAAAAGAUAUAUUGGACUCUUUAUUUGAUGGUUACGAUGCUUGGAUAUCACCUAGCUUUGAUAAAACAUCCCUCAGAUACUCAGGUCGCCCGGUCAUUGACAUCAUUCAACUGUACAUCCUAAGUAUCGAUUCUAUAAGAGACACAAAUAUGGAUUACGCGAUGUCAUUCUACUUCCGGCAGCGUUGGAUAGACGAACGAUUGAGGUACAACGAAUCGUACGGUAUUGACGUCAUAGAACUUGACACAAAAAUCAUGGAGAGGAUCUGGGUCCCAGAUGUGUACUUUGUGAACGAGAAGCAAGCCACAAUGCAUGACGUCACGGUGCCAAAUAAGAUGAUGUACUUGUAUCCGAACGGACUGGUUUUGUACAGUGCGAGAAUAUCUGGUGUAUUUUCGUGUAUGAUGAAUUUACAAAAGUAUCCACUUGACCGUCAGAUAUGUAGUCUUAGGUUGGAAAGCUAUGCUCACAGUGCGAAGAACCUAGUUGUCCGCUGGAAAACACCGGCAGUGGAGUUCUCUCCCACGCUCCAGUUACCUCAGUUUGAAAUAGAAAAGAACCACCCCUCCAUCUGCGAUACACUCUACAUGGGGAUCAACUACUCCUGUAUAUUCCUGGACAUCCAUCUCCGUAGAAACCACGGCUACUACAUCACCCAGAUCUACGUUCCCAGCGCCCUGGUGGUGGUCCUCUCCUGGGUCAACUUCUGGCUGACCGUGGACGCUGUCCCCGCGAGAAUAUCCCUGGGACUCCUCACGGUCCUGACCACCACUACCCAGAGUACUUCCUUCUUCUCCAACCUACAGAAAGUCUCCUAUAUAAAGGCUUUGGACGUUUGGCUGGCUAUGUGCAUGCUCUUUGUGUUCGCGGCAUUGCUGGAGUUUGCGUAUGUGAAUGUGACUUAUCGCGUUACCAACAGAAGAAAAUCCAUUCAGGAUCUUCCCAUGUUUAUUCAUAAAAAUGGAGAUGCUCGGUUUGAUUCGAUAUUUUCUAAAGAUGAGACAGAAGAAAAAUCAAAUAAAAUACCACAUCAAACACAAAACCAGCAUUGUGGAAACAAAAGGACGGGAGUGCUAGGUAGUCUGUAUUCUAAAGAACGAGAGAAGGCGAGGAAUAUUGACAGAAUUUCCCGGAUAGCGUUCCCGGUGACUUUCCUGGUAUUUAACAUUGUUUACUGGUGCGUUUACUUCCUGUGGGAGCCCACUCAUGAACCAAAGACGUCUUAGCGUGCUUUCAACCAUAUAUCAGAGUCUUCUUUUUUAUUUUUUAAGGAAAAAAUAAAGGUAUACAACAAUA